UUCCGGUCCUCAGUGUCCGUAGAGAUCAGGUUAUGGCGUCUUACUAUACAGGGGGAGCAGCCUGUGGUGUCCUAAUAUUAUUAUUAUUAUUAUUAUUACACAGGGGGAGCAGCCUGUGGUUUCCAGAAAUUAUUAUAUAGAGGGUAAUACAGUAGUGUAGACGACCUUUGGUGAGUGUGAGACACCCAGCAGCCAUCCUCGUGUGUCAGGUGGACUAAGCAGGACCCACAGCCCCAUCACGGUGCCUCCACCUCACUCACUGAUACUUGAGAGACACGGUGACCAGAAGAUCCUGGAACUCGCCAACAAGAUCAUUCAGCUGCUGACAGGAGAGGAGGAGGAGUAUAUAGAGGAACACAGCGGUCUGUACAAGGACGUGAUGAUGGAGAAUCACUGGCCCCUCACAUCACUGGAUGGACCCAGUAACAGAGAUACCCCAGAGAGAUGUCCCCGUCUACUGUAUUCCCAGGAUUGUACAGAGGAGAAUCACAGGAUCCCACAAGAGGAUCAGAUAGAACGUCUGUCUGAUAUUAAGGCAGAAGAUAUAGAGGAAGAAGAAGAGACGUAUGUGACUGAUAUAAAGGCAGAAGAUACAGAGGGAGAAGAAGAGACGUAUGUGACUGAUAUAAAGGCAGAAGAUAUAGAGGAAGAAGAAGAGACGUAUGUGACUGAUAUAAAGACAGAAGAUAUAGAGGGAGAAGAAGAGACUUAUGUGACUGAUAUAAAGGCAGAAGAUAUAGAGGGAGAAGAAGAGACGUAUGUGACUGAUAUGAAGGGAGAAGAAGAGACGUAUGUAUGGGGUGAUCAGCAGUGUAAGGAGGAGGAGAUCCCUACAGAUAUCAGCACAGAUGGACACACAAGCAGGAAUAUCUCAGAAGGACAUCUAAUGUUAUCCCCGGAUUGUGACAUAAAAGAUAAUGACAGUAGACAGGAUUCUCCAGGAGCUAAUCCCAUUACCCCAAUUAUACAUCCAGCUCUAUCAGCUGAUCCCUCUGAUCCUGGGAAAUGUUCUCCUGAUCACUCUGAUAUUGGUGCAUCUGUUACAGCUCUGACAGUAGAUACAGUGUUUCCCUGUUCCAUAGAUGCCAAAUGUUUUACACAGAACACAAAGCCUAUUAACCCACACACAGGUAAGGCAGGUGAGAGGCCACUGAUAUGUUAUGAGUGUGGGAAAUGUUUUACAUACAAAUCACAACUUGUUAUACAUAACAGAAGUCACACAGGUGAGAAGCCUUUUCCAUGUUCUGAGUGUGGGAAAUGUUUUGUAUGGAAAUCAGAUCUUGUUAUGCAUCAGAGAAGUCACACAGGUGAGAAGCCAUUUUCUUGCUCUGAGUGUGGGAAAUGUUUUACACAGAAAUCACAACUUGUUACCCAUCAGCGAAGUCACACAGGUGAGAAGCCAUUUCCAUGUUCUGAGUGUGGGAAAUGUUUUGUAAGUAAAUCACAACUUGUUACACAUCUGCGCAGUCACACAGGUGAGAAGCCUUUUCCAUGUUCUGAGUGUGGGAAAUGUUUUACAUGUAUAUCAGAUCUUGUUAUACAUCGCAGAAGUCACACAGGUGAGAAGCCAUUUUCUUGCUCUGAGUGUGGGAAAUAUUUUACACGGAAAUCACAACUUGUUACCCAUCAGCAAAGUCACACAGGUGAGAAGGCAUUUCCAUGUUCUGAGUGUGGGAAAUGUUUUGCACUCAAAUCACGUCUUGUUACACAUCAGAGAAGUCACACAGGUGAGAAGCCAUUUUCUUGCUCUGAGUGUAGGAAAUGUUUUGCACACAAAUCAGUUCUUGUUAUACAUCAGAGAAGUCACACAGGUGAGAAGCCAUUUUCUUGCUCUGAGUGUGGGAAAUGUUUUACACAGAAAUCAAGUCUUGUUAAUCAUCACGGAAGUCACACAGGUGAGAAACGAAUUUCUUGCUCUGAGUGUGGGAAAUGUUUUACAUACAAAUCACAACUUGUUUCCCAUCAGCUAAGUCACACAGGUGAGAAGGCAUUUCCAUGAUCUGAGUGUGGGAAACGUUUUGCACACAAAUCAGUUCUUGUUAGACAUCAGCGAAGUCAGACAGGUGAGAAGCCAUUUCUAUACUCUGAGAAAUAAAUAAUCAGAAUCAGCUUUAUUGGCCAGGUGCACUCGCGUACACUAGGAGUUGUUUGUGGUACAAUGCAUCGCCAAGCAGCAACAUGAAAGGGGAAUACAUGGCAUAAGAAGGGGGAAAAACAUAGCAUACAUUACACACAUUACACAUAUGAGUUCAUACUGCACAUUGCAACUGUACAAUAGACUCAACAUAUUAUACAUGUAAGACUAAAGACGAAGGCUGCUUGGCAGAGCGGCACUGAGGCAGCCAUCCGCAGCGCCAACUAGAACUCAAACAAUGCAUAUAAUACAGAAGAUUUAAGUAUUACACAUCAAAAGAUAAACCAGACAGACAAAAAAAAAAAAAAGACACAAAGAAUAAUGCAGGAUUGGUGUAGGCAUUUUGAGUAAUAACUUCCAUGGGCUGUGUAUUCCACCCUCACAGGGUACCAGGUGCGGCAGCCAUCUUCGGCGCACUGCGUAGGAGUACCCUGGGUGGAGUAGUCCAUCCUUGAGGGGUAGGCCUGUAAGGUACUACUGAUGUUCUCUGCCAGAGGGUUAGUGGGCAUAGUCCUGGUGAUUUCAUUUUCGAGGUUUGAUGAGUCCACAUAAUGGUCUGGAUUUCUUUCUUGAUGUUGUUGCUUAGAGAUAGGAAUGCUUUGAGUAUUUUAACGCACAGCUGUGCAUGGCUGAAGCUAUAAAUAUAUACACACAAUAGACAUCACUCAAAUUGUACACAAUAGACAUCACUCAGGUGAGGAACCAUUUUAAUCUUCUGGAAUAUACUCAUCAUUGCCAUGCUUGUUCUUCAAGGUUCUUAUCCUAUCUCCUAUGCUUUUUGCAAUAUACAUGUUACCACUGGGUGAAAUAAUCAGAUGUCAUACCAUCGUCUACCACUGCUAUGCAGAUGACCUGUCUUUGCUCUAGGUACUGAGAGCCCAGUACCAAUCCUAAAUGGUUGUCUAGUUGAGCUCCAGGUGUGGGUUAUGCCAGUUAGCUGUGAUUCAGUCCUGGUGAAACAGGUCUUUAAGCUCACCAACAAAGAGCAGGGCUGCAGCUCAGCUUUACCUACCAACCAGGCUUACACUUGGGGGUUCAGAGUUACAAAAUGCUGAUCAUGUGCGGAAUCUUGGAGUCCUGGAUGGUGGAGUGACACUUAGACAUAAGGUAUCUGCCACAAUCAGAUCCUCAUCUGAGGAACAUAGCCAGACUCCAGCACUUUAUUCCCUCAGAAGAUCUACCUACAGUCAUACAUGCACUUGUAUCAUCACACAUAGACUACUGCAAUGUCCUCUACCUGGGUCUCCCAGCAAAAGAAUUGCAGUGCUUGUAGCUUGUACAGAAUGCAGUAGCCAGGCUGUUACCUAACCAGCCCGUUCCUGCCACAUAACACCCAUUCUCUUCUCCCUUCACCGGCUGCCUGUAAGAUGGUGACUCUAUUACAUAAUCUUACUGACUCUCCCAAUCCUACAUGACCAGGAUCCAUGGUACCAGAAGCAGCUUCUGCCUCCUUACUUCCAUAUGAAGAUGAAGGACUGUUACCAUCAGUACCAAGAAUUCUCAAGCAGUGCUGAGAGGUCAGGGGGAAGAUAGGGUGGUGGCACUAGUGCUGUAGUAGGGGCUGCCAGAGGCAGUUUCUGUGAGAAUCUUGUCCUCAAACAGCGCUAGGGUGUCAGAGGGGAGACA